AUGAGACACCAAGAAGUUCCUGCUAGUGAAGCAAAUGUAUUAUAUACGAGGAUAGGACCUUCAUGUACAGGUAACAAUAUUACAGUCAGCUCUGUGCAUCACAUGAAGGACAAACCUUACCUCACCAAAAGAAGAGGAUGUCCCAGUGAUACUUGGACCGAGAACCAAGCUACCAGUACUCAUGUGCAAAAACAAACCAUCAGCAAUCAGUUCCACAGCUUGGGUAACAGUGAAUUAAACCGCAGCGAUGAAUGCUACACAGAGACGUCAAUUAUUGCUCAGCCCAUAUUUGUUUUUGAAAAGAAAGAACGACCUUUCAAGAGGCCUGCAGAAGACCUGGUUUGCAAGGCUGAAAAUGAUUUCAUUGGUUGUUCCAGGAAACGGGCAAGGUCUUCAUCUUUUACUUUCCAAACGUCCGACUCGCAGUUCUACAUGGAUACCGCACUCUCUCAGAAAAGAGUGAGAUCAUCUUCCUGUACCAUCCUUCCGACCUUUCCUCCAUCACAGCCAGUAAAGAAUAACAUAUUCAUGACCUCAGCUCUUCUCCAAAGAAACCAUGACAUCACAAGAACAGCAAAAGGACCCUUGUCACAAAUUCAGCAGUGGACUGUCAUAAGACCUGCCAUUUUACAGCCACCACAGUCUCAGAUAUGUGAGGAAAGAAGGCAGAUGUGCACUGAAAAUACACUGGCAUCUUCCAAAACUAAAGAGAAAGCAAAUAUUCAGUUGUCUGAAGAGAGCUCUCAUUGCCCAGCAGAAAACUCAGCAAGUUCUGAGACAACAGUGAGGCCAUCUAUCUCCAUGCAUCUUUCUAGCCCUAAAACAAUAGGAAAUCAGCCAGUUGAAGAUGUGACUUUUUUAAACAACAGAAAUUCUACUUUUGUGUUUGGAGAAAACAUGGUAGAGAGAGUUUUGAGUCCUCAGAAAUCUCCCAAGCUGCAUAAUGAAACUGAUCUAUGCAAGAAAGAAAUAACAUCCACAGAUGCCAAAACUUUUCAUAUUAGUUAUUCACAUAGUAAAACAUUUUUUGUCAAGAAGUCAACACUAAUUGAAUCAGCUGCGGCUUACAUUUCCAAACCAGCACAGACAUAUUUGUUAGAUAAAGUUGAAGUUAUAACAGGGGAAGAAGCAGAACAUAAUGUGUUGCAGAUCAGUUGCAAGCUUUUUGUAUUUAAUAAACUCUCACUAUCCUGGACUGAAAGAGGAAGAGGAUCCCUGAGGCUUAAUGACACUUCAAGCAAUAAACAUGGAACAUUACAGUCAAGGCUAGUUAUGCGAAAUCAAGGCAGUUUGAGACUGAUUCUCAACACCAAACUCUGGACUCAGAUGGUGAUAGAAAGAGCAAAUCGCAAGAGUCUGUGCAUCACUGCGACAGACCUAGAAGACCAUUCUGUUAAAGUAUUUCUAAUACAGGCAAGUUCAAAAGAUACUGGGUACCUGUAUGCAGCAAUACAUCACCGUAUUGUUGCACUGCGAAGCUUUGCUGAGCAAGAAUUGGAUGCAAAUCAGGUUGACACAGAGCCAGAAACAGCCUUUCAUUCAUUAAACUGUGAUAGUGAUGAUGAUGAAGAUGAAACAAUAACUCAAGCGAGCAGCAAUGAAUCAGGUUUUUCUGAUCUGCAGAAUACAAUGUUCUCCAUCACUGGCUACACCCAGAUACCUCCUGGUUUUGUUUACAUACUUGGGGCCUCAUUCUGUACUCACAGAUUCACAGAUUUUAAAGCCAUUGUAGUCAUCUAG